AUGCAGAUCCACACAGGUUUACAGCACCAAAUAAUAUGGCCCUGUCAGCCCAGCUGCAUUCCUCUGGAUGAAAAACUCUUGCCCCAGCUACUAAAAGAAGCAGGCUACAUUACCCAUAUGGUUGGAAAGUGGCAUCUGGGAAUGUACCGGAAAGAAUGCCUUCCAACUCGCCGAGGAUUUGAUACCUACUUUGGCUAUCUCCUAGGUAGUGAAGAUUACUACUCCCACGAGCGCUGUACAUUAAUCAAUGUUCUGAAUGUCACUCGAUGCGCUCUUGAUUUUCGAGAUGGUGAAGAAGUUGCAACAGGAUAUAAAAAUAUGUAUUCAACAAACAUAUUUACCAAAAGGGCUACGGACCUCAUAGCUCACCAUCCACCUGAGAAACCUCUUUUUCUCUACCUUGCUCUCCAGUCUGUCCAUGAACCUCUUCAGGUACCUGAGGAGUACCUGAAGCCUUAUGACUUUAUCCAAGAUAAGAACAGGCAUUACUAUGCAGGAAUGGUGUCCAUUAUGGAUGAAGCAGUGGGAAAUGUCACCGCAGCCUUAAAAAGUCAUGGACUCUGGAACAACACAGUGUUCAUCUUCUCCACAGAUAAUGGAGGGCAGACGUUGGCAGGGGGCAAUAACUGGCCCCUGAGAGGGAGAAAAUGGAGCCUUUGGGAAGGAGGCGUCCGCGGCGUGGGCUUUGUGGCGAGUCCCUUGCUGAAACGAAAGGGUGUGAAGACCCGGGAGCUCAUCCACAUCUCCGACUGGCUGCCCACUCUCGUGAAGCUGGCCCGGGGAAGCACCAAGGGCACCAAGCCCCUGGACGGCUUCGACGUGUGGAAAACCAUCAGUGAAGGAAGCCCGUCCCCCAGGGUGGAGCUGCUGCAUAACAUCGACCCAGACUUUGUGGACAUCUCGCCCUGUUCCGGGAACAGCAUGGCUCCAGCAAAGGAUAAUUCUUCUCUUCCAGAAUAUUCAGCCUUCAACACGUCUGUCCAUGCUGCAAUAAGACACAAAAACUGGAAACUCCUCACAGGUUUCCCAGGCUGUGGUCACUGGUUCCCUCCACCUUCUCAACACAACGUUUCUGAGAUACGGUCCUCAGACCCACCAACCAAGACCCUUUGGCUUUUUGACAUUGAUCAAGACCCAGAAGAAAGACGUGACCUGUCAAGAGACUAUCCCCACAUCGUCAAGCAGCUCCUAUCUCGCCUGCACUUCUACCAUAAGCACUCAGUGCCUGUGUACUUCCCGCCACAGGACCCCCGCUGUGACCCCAAAAGCACCGGGGUUUGGGGUCCUUGGAUUUAGAGUUUAGGCAGCUUGGGGACCGUGGGUGGCAGGGGGCGAGAAAACCUUUCUGUUGCAAGCUGGACUUCAGGCCUUUACUCCUGUGAGUCUUGUUCAUUUGUUCUCCCAAUCUGGGUUCACCUGACCCUUGUUCUAAACCACAUUGAGGUGUCUCAUUUCAACUCCUGGUGCAUUUAAGAACCCGAUAAAAUCUGAAACACUCCACUUCUGUCUGGGGCAUGUGUGCAGAGGAGACACGGGCUGCUUCACCACUCUGUGCUGAGCUGUGGGACAGCAGGGAACUGGGUUUGACCUGGGAAGUUCUCACUGAGCUCUGGAGGCUAGAGCAGCUGGCUCUUUUUGUCUCACACGUCAGAUGUUAGAUGUCCUUCUGCCAAUAGCUGGUUUUUAUUGGAAUGACUCGCAUUUCUUGUAACAGAUGAAGAGAGCAGACAGUUGUUAAUGGUUCUCUUGGCCUGGGGUCCUCCCUGUCUGUUCAGGCUCCUGUGCAGGCAUCCUGUGUGAGUGACACCCCCCUGGGUUUGCCCCAGGCACUCAUCAUGUUGCACAGCAUAAAGACCCUUUCUUAUAAGAUCAGCGGUUCUUAUAGUGAAGAAAUAUAUUUUUAUCCCGUUUUUUCCCCAGCCACUUCUCAUCACGCUACCCCCUACUUCCCUGCAUUACUCUCCUCCCCCUCCUUGUGACUCAGGUGCCUGUGCCUAGAAGGGCCACUUGGCCUAUCCAUCUGAGUGCCAGCUGGAGGCACUGCCAGCUGCCUUCCUUUUGCACCUAAUGCUGAACCGGAGGCUGCCCAGAGACUGAUGCACCUGGCUCUGAGCAGGUUUAUGGUGCACACAAGAGAGCUAGGUGGGAACACUUGGACGUGUCUCAGCUGCUUGGUGAGUUUUUUUCUACAGAAUUUAUUGUCAUGAUUGUGUAACUUUGAGCAGGAGUGCUGUUCUCUAGCAAUGAGGAAAAACCCCAGGAAUGAUCAUUCUGUCCUGAGAUGAUAGAAAUGGGAAAUUUGAAGGACUCUGGCCGUCAUCUGGGAUACUGGGUGUUAGUAACGCAAAGGAGAGUCCAUCCCUUGAUCUCUUGAUCUCUCAGAAUGUUACUGCUGCAUUGAGCUUCUGGGACUGGGGAGAGUGGAUCAUAGUUUGACCUGCCAGCUCUGUCUCAGUGCCUGUAAUGACCUGAUGCGAAUCAGUUCCCAUUAGCUCCCCAAAACAUCAAAAUCAGAGAAAUAUGCGCAAAAAUGAGACUCUUUUGCAUUAGCUGUACUGUUUCAUUCCCUACUUAACCCCAAUGCCUAACUCAGUACCUAUAACAGAGAAGUCACUCAGUGUAUUUUUCUAAAUAAAUGAGUAAAUUGACAGGUGAGUAAAUAAAAAGUCCUCACACCAUGAAAGAUGGAGCCCAAUGAACUGAAUACAGAGGUAAUAUAAGUCUUCCAACCACUUUUUCUGUUUUCUAGCUGCCUUCCCAGUGUGGAAGCACGGGGUGUAUAUAUAUAUGUAUAUGGGCGGUCGUAGGAAACUCUGGGUUGAAGUUGUGAGUUCUUUUUUGGGGUGAGGGGCAGGGAGAAAUAUACCUACCAAAGACUCUUUUGCUAAUAAUCCUCAGUUCUAUUUUUGAUAGGAUACUAGAACCUAAAACCACCAAGUAAGAUGACAUAGGGCCUUGUCCUUCAACUCAGUAGCAGUAUUUUCUGGUCACUACUAAUAGCCAGUCCUUCAAUUCAGUAGCAGUGUUUUCUGGUCACUACUAAUUUGCAUUAAAAUAGUAUGAUUGGCAGGAAAUGGUGCUAGAACUAGAGACACCUAUUACCCACCUUGACCCCAUUCCUGGGCUGGCAAACAGCCAGCCACAAUGCCUCGGGCUCUCAUGCCCACACCUGUGGGAGAUAUAUGAACUGCGUGCACGUGUUCCUUCUGGCUCCUUACAGUCCAUGGAUGUAAGGUUGUAGGUCACACCAUCACUACAUGACAUUUCUUUGCUCUCUGCUGGACUCCCAGUAGCCAUCCCAAUUCUAAUUUCUCAAUCAUCAUCUUCAUUGUGAAUGUUCCACACUUACUGGGUUCCAAAAGAGUUUUAAAGCAUAAAUUUUUGUGAAACUUUUGAGAUUUCAUUUUACCCAUUAUAGAAACGUCUCACUUGAUUUUCUUUUCUGUACUAGAAUGUGAGCAGGUCCAUGUGUGGUCAUGAGAAGAAUUAGGUUGUUCUUUUCUGAAUUUGUUUACCUUUAAAGAAGGUUUUAUUUGUUCAAUUGUGAGCUAGUUUUUCUUCUUUACUAUAUGAUUGUUACCGAUUUGGAGGACCAAAAAAAUUAGUAUGUGUGGGUUUUCCGCUUGGGGUGAGCAAAAGUUCUAGAAAUAUAUAGGGGUGAUGGUUGUACAAGAUUAUGAAUGCACUUAAUGCCCCUGAAUUGUAUCCUUUAAAAUGAUUAAAAUGGUAACUUAUGGUA